AUGGGUCGUCAGAAACAAACAGCGCCACUCCAGCGAUCCCCUUCUUCUCAGCUGAUGCACCUCGAUGAUGCCGACGUGCCCAAGUCCGCGAAUGGAACCAAAGACAUUCUCACCUCCAAAGGCAGCGCGUCUGGGAAGGCAUCGGCAGUUUUGGAGACAGCCGCUGAAACUCCCGGACUGGGACAAUUGAUGAUCUGCGUGCUCGGUAUAUACGCUGCAUUCCUGUCAUGGGGUGUUCUACAAGAGGCAAUUACAACAACGAGCUAUCCCGUACGCCCGCCAACUGCCGCCGACCCAGAACCUCCUACCGAGCGGUUCACAUAUUCCCUCGUUCUAAACACCAUCCAAUCCUCCUUCGCCGCGAUCACGGGCUUUAUCUACCUCCUGGUCUCGACCCCUAAGGGCCAAAGCACCCCGUCAAUAUUCCCGACACGUCGCAUCCUGUUCCCUCUCUUCCUCGUUGCCGUCUCUUCAUCACUUGCCUCCCCCUUCGGCUACGCCAGUCUUCAGCAUAUCGACUACCUGACCUUUAUCCUCGCGAAAUCAUGCAAGCUUCUCCCUGUGAUGGUCUUACACUUGACAAUUUUCCGGAAGAAAUACCCAUUGUACAAAUAUGGCGUAGUGUUAAUGGUCACUCUCGGUGUUGCGACAUUCAGCCUCCACCACCCGGGAACAAGCAAGAAAGUCGCCGCUGCGAACUCCGGAUCCUCGGGCUGGGGCAUCUUCCUGCUGGGCAUCAACCUCCUCCUUGAUGGCCUGACCAACACCACGCAAGACCAUGUCUUCAGUUCGCCGAAACUAUACACUCGCUUCACCGGACCCCAAAUGAUGGUCGCGCAGAAUGUGCUUUCAACUGUGCUGACAGGUGCAUACCUGUUGAUCAUGCCACAUGUCUCGCAGAGCGGCGUUGUGCACAACCUGUUACCCUUCCCCAUUCCCCCAUCUACCGAGACGGAGCUGUUCGGCGCCAUUUCCUUCCUCUCCCGACACCCGGAAGCGCUCAAGCACGUCCUUGGUUUUGCGGCUUGUGGCGCUGUCGGCCAGCUAUUCAUUUUCCAUACUCUGUCCCGCUUCUCCUCGCUGCUACUUGUUACCGUCACCGUCACACGGAAGAUGUUGACCAUGCUUCUUAGCGUGUUCUGGUUCGGACAUUCCCUGUCCGGUGGCCAGUGGCUAGGAAUUGGCCUGGUCUUCGGUGGUAUUGGCGCCGAGGCGGUUGUGCAGAGAUCGGAGAAGAAGGCGAAGGAGCGCUCCAAGAUCGAAGCUGCCAAGAAAGAGUUGUAA